GUCUUCCCCUUCUCCACCUUAAGGCGAGCAGCAGCGGCAGCGACCAAUCACCAUGCCAUUACAGCCUUCAGAGGAAGCUGUUUAUGGGACUGCAGCGCUAAUUAGGCUCAUGAACUAACAAAUCUGCCUGCACGAACACGGCGAGGAAAACGAUCACAUCCAUGGAUUAGUCUGGGAGUAGCCGAGCACUUUUUAUUUUGGCUUUCUCGACACCGCCGCCGUUUCACAACUUGUUUUACUGAGGCAGAAACUUUCCCCCUUUCUUGGGUGUGGAGUAUUUUUUAAGCGAGAGCGCCUUCGACAACUUUAAACUUAAACUGGGGAAUCUGGACUAUCAGACCAUGUUUCAACCUACACCCAAGAGGUGUUUUACUAUAGAGUCUUUAGUGGCGAAGGAUAAUCCUGUACCGGCGUCCCGCUCCGAGGAGCCCAUCAGGCCAGCGGCUCUCAGCUAUGCAAACUCCGGCCAGAUGAACCCCUUCCUCAACGGCUUUCACUCCGGCGGCAGGGGCGUUUACUCUAACCCGGACUUGGUGUUUGCCGAGGCGGUCUCUCAUCCGCAAAACUCCGGCGUCCCGGUGCAUUCGGUGGCCCCGCCGCACGCUCUGGCCGCUCACCCGCUUUCAUCCUCACACAGUCCGCAUCCUCUUUUUGCCAGCCAGCAAAGGGACCCAUCAACUUUCUACCCCUGGUUAUUACACAGAUAUAGGUACUUGGGUCACAGAUUUCAAGGUAAUGAAACGAGUCCAGAGAGCUUCCUUUUGCACAACGCGCUGGCCAGAAAGCCCAAAAGAAUCCGGACAGCUUUUUCACCUUCGCAACUCCUGCGGCUCGAACACGCGUUUGAGAAAAACCAUUACGUGGUGGGAGCAGAAAGGAAACAGCUCGCCCACAGCCUUAGCCUCACAGAAACUCAGGUAAAAGUGUGGUUCCAGAACCGGAGGACGAAGUUCAAGAGACAGAAGUUGGAAGAGGAGGGCUCCGAGUCUCAGCAGAAGAAGAAGGGAUCGCAUCACAUAAACCGGUGGAGACUGGCGACCAAACAGUCGAGCCCAGAGGAAAUUGAUGUCACUUCGGACGAUUAAAAAAAAGAAAGAAAGAAAAAAGACUAUAUAAGCGUCUGAGUGAAGGAGGACAUGGAUAAAGGAUGCCAUGUAGAGACAGUGAGAGGGUAAAAAGCCAAUGUCACAUUUCUGAUCUCCGGAGAUCUGCAGCUGAGGGUGAGAGAAACCCGACUGGUGGCACUGCUGUCACCUUGUGGGUCUGUCAGUCCCAAUGACCCAGGGAAAUGUGACUGACAGUGUCUCAGUCCACCUACCUGAACCCUUCCACGCACCAACCACCACCACUACAAUCUCCAAUCUUACCACCACCUCAUUUUUAUUUUUCUCUCCAAUUCAUAUUGGACGUUUGCACUUCAGAAGGUUUUUUCAUUUUUUUUUUUUUGGGUUUAAAAAAACAAACAAAGAAAACGUUUCCACUCAAGAUACCAAAACACCAAACUGCUUUUGUAAAACUUGAAUUGCAUGGUAGAGUUUUUUCCUGGUAGUUGUUUUAAUUUGACAAAGUUUCUCAAAACCAAGAAGGAAAAAAAAAAAAAAACAAUUUUGUUUUUAACCUCUAUUUUCAAAACCUGAGAGAUGUCGUGCUUCUUCCUUUUUACAAAGUGUGCAGUCUUUAAUUAAUGAUUCUCGUGUAAAAGUGAUUGUGAAAACAUAUGAAGUAGCGGUGCUGCGGUACAGUGUUUUUUUUUGUUUGUU